AUGAAUUUCAUUGAGAUUUUAGAUCUGUCAACUAACAGUUUAAGUGGUAACAUUCCAGAAUGCAUGGGAAAUUUUAGUAGUCUUCAUGUGUUGGAUUUGCAGAAGAAUAGAUUUAAUGGCUCCAUUCCAAGAUCAUUUGCAAAGGGAAACAACUAUAGGACCCUUAACUUCAACAACAAUGAAUUGGAAGGGUCAAUUCCACAGUCAUUGAUCAACUGUUCAGCACUCGAAGUUCUUGAUCUUGGAAACAACAAGAUAAAUGACACAUUCCCAUAUUGGUUGGGAAAUCUUCCAAAGCUACAAGUUUUGGUUCUUCGUUCCAACAAAUUGUACGGUUCUAAUUGGGGUUGUUCAAAGACCAAAAAUUGCUUUCCUAAAUUGAAAAUCUUUGAUCUCUCCAACAACAAGCUUAGUGGUUUCUUGCCAGCCAAGUAUUUCAAAACUCUUAAUGCCAUGAUGGACUUUGGUGAAGCUGAGAAAAGCUUGCAAUACAUGGGUGAGAAUUAUUAUCAAGAUUCUGUGAUGGUAACUUGGAAAGGAUUUGAGUAUCAACUUGUGAAAAUUAUCACUACUUUCAGUACCAUUGAUUUCUCAAAUAACAAUUUUAAUGGAGAGAUUCCAGAAGUAAUUGGGAAGCUUCAUGCUCUACAUCUUCUCAAUCUUUCUCAAAACAACCUAAUAGUUGGUAAAAUUCCUUGGCAAUUGACCAAAUUGAAUUUUCUUGGAUUUUUGAAUUUGUCAAAAAACCAUCUCAAUGAACCCAUACCUCGAGACAACCACUUUGAUACCUUUCCAAACAAUUCAUAUGAUGGGAAUUUGGCAUUAUGUGGAUUUCCUUUGUCAAACACAUGUGAAACUUAUGAGGAGACACCACAAUCACUCUCAAAAUCAGAUGAUGGAGAAUCUUCAAAUGGCUUUGGUUGGAAAGCAGUGUUGAUUGGCUAUGGAUGUGGAAUGGUACUAGGAGUUACAAUGGGAUAUCUUGUGUUCUCAACGGGAAAGCCUCUGUGGGUUAUAAGGAUUGUUGAAGGAAGACAACCUAGAAAGGAGAGAAGACUGAACAACAAACGUGGAAGAAGAAGCACUUAG